AUGUCUGCCUCGACAUCUCCACCACCCUCGCCCUCCCAGCAAGUUGCCGUCUCCGCCGCCGCCGCCGCCCACGCCCACGCCCACGCUCAUGCCUACGCGAGCAAUGGCCUCGAGAUCCUCCAGGCCGCCAGCGAUGCCGCCGCACAUGCGAACCGCCAGGCACUCCAGGAUGCCGCCGCCGCCGCCGCCGAGCACGUCUCGCCCCUGACCCAGCAAUCUCUUCCUCCGCCGCCGCCGCCGCCGCCGCCUCAGCAGCAGCAGCACCAGCAGCAGCAGCAUGAGCAUCAGCAUCAGCAGCAGCAGCAGCAUGAGCAUCAGCAGCAGCAGCAGCAGCAUGAUGCUCUUCCUCCGCCACACCAACAUCCGUCCCUGCCCCCGCACCAGCAGCACCAGCAUCAGCAGCACAUGCACCAGCACCAGCAGCAACAGCAGCAGCUCCUCGCCGCCGCUCCCGGUGCCGUCAUGCGCGACCCGACCAUCAACCCCAAGCUCACCCGCCUCCGCCGCGCCUGUGACAUGUGCAGCAUGCGCAAGGUCAAGUGCGACGACUCCACCAUCCCCUGCAAGCCCUGCCGCGAGCUCGGCGUCGACUGCACCUCGGACCGCGAGACGAAACGCCGCGGCCCCCCCAACAAGCACGCCGAGGCGGCCAAGGCUGCCAAGCGUGCCCGUGCCGCUUCCGCCGUCUCCCCGGCCGCGCCCCUGACCGCCGCCGUGCCGUCGCCCCGGAACGCGGCCAAGACGCUCCUCGACAUCUCGUCCGAGGCGGCGCUCGACGCCGAGUCCAUCGCCCCGAUGCCCGUCCUCGAGCUCCUCGUCGACGACUUCUUCGCCUACCUCCACCCCCUCGCCCCCUUCCCCCACGAGCCGACGUUUCGGGAGUCGUUUGCGAGCCGGGACGACCGCACGCGUCCCGAGUUCCUCGCCCUCCUCGCGAGCAUGAUUGCCGCCCUCGUCGCCUCCUUUCCCCGCAGCGCCCGGGAGCACCUCAAGUCGCAGCACGGCGUCCACCUCUUCCCCAAGGCCGUCGUCGUCGUCGAGAGGUGCCGCGACAUUGCCCUGCACGCCCGCGGCGGCCGCUGGGUGCUCAAGCAGCCCAAGUCGCUCGACGACGCCGCCGCGAGCUACUUUCUCGGCCUCGCCUCGGCCCACUGCCACCAGUGGAACGCGUCCCGCCACUUCAUGGCCGAGACGCUCACCCUCAUCCGCGAGCUCGGCUUCAGCCGUCCCGCCCACCCCGGCGACCUGCCGACCUUUGGCGACGAGGUGGCCUACUCGCCCGACGCCGCCGAGGCCCCGCGCUUCAACCACGUCAAGGACGAGACUGGCAAGCGCAUAUUUUGGUGUCUGCUGCUCGCCGUUCGGUCCUUUUCGCAGCUCGGCGCCUCGCACUCGGACCUCAUCAUCGCCCCUUCGACGCCUAGCCUGCCCUAUCCGGCGUACCCGGAAAACGUCGACGACGUCUGCGUCGUCGCCCGCGACAUCGUCCACCAGCCCGACGGCGCCGUCACCCUCCUCACGGGCUUCCGCUUCGCCAUCGACAUCUACACCACCAUGAACGGCGUCGUCAGCCUCGAGCUCGCCUACGGCAUGAGCACCCUCCCCUGGCCCGACCAGCGGCUGCUGCUGCGCGACGGCCUCCUCGCCGCCAAGGGCAUCAUCGACAACCUGCCGCCCGAGCUGCAGCUUGGCAGCCACGCCGACGCCGACGACGCCGACUCGCUCGCGAACCUCGACGACUCGGGCCUGCAGUACGUGCCGCCCCUCUGGCCCGAGCCCCAGCCCGCCCACGACAUCCGCGUCGCCAUCAAGGCCGAGCCGUCGCGUCGCCGUCGGCUGCAGUACGAGAUUCAAAAGGCCAACCUCUUCGUCUCCCAGCUCGCCACCCGCUCCUACUUUGUCGAGCUCUACUUCAACCUGCGCGACGUCUACCUCCGGGACCCGCAGCAGCAGGCCAUGGGCCAGUCCGACGAGGAAUCGGCCCUGCGCGACGCCGACGACAAGGACAUCCUCGACCUCAUGUCGCAGGAGCGCGAGCUGCUCGUCCAGAACCUCCUCACCGUCCUCGGCCUCGUCUCGCAGCGGAACCUCGAGCCCAACGGCGGCUCCAUCAUCAGCAAGAUCCGCCAGCUCGCCUCGACCCUGCUCGCCGACGCGCCCGAGCGCAAGGGCCCCUUUGCCCUCAAGGCCGAGGAGGCCCUGUCGGAGCUCGUCGCCGUCCUGCUCAAGCUCGAGGGCACGGGCUUCGCCGCCGACGGCCGGGCGCCCGACCCGAGUCUCAUGACGGCCGAGGACGAGGAGGACGAGCUGCGGCACUGGGCCGACCUGCGCGAGCAUCAGCUGCGCUUCGCCGCCAACGGAAGCUACGCCGCCGAUCUCGUUGCCUCGGUCGCCGAGACGUCGGCGCUCGGCGAGGCGUACUCACACCAGAAGGGCUUGUCCCGGGAUGAAGAUGAAUCUCCAACGCGUCUCCGCCGCGUGCUGGAUGAUGUAGACGAGGCACACCGUCUCGAAGACGGCAAUCAGCAGCCCGGCGACGGCGUGCGCCGUCCAGUGCAUCACACAUCGACUGCGCCCGCUCAGGAUGGAUACCAGGUGUGCCGUCACCGCCGUGAACCAGAUCAAGGCGACGAGGCACUGGGCGUUGUGCUGAACCAGACGUUGAACGAGCCCAAGGCCAGGGGAGACGAAACCGCCAGGCAUCUGGCCACGGCGGCCAUGCGGAACAGGUAUAUCGACACAAGCGUCAUCGAUGUGUUGAUUUCCUCGCCACUCGACGCACUCUCUGCUUGGGUAGACUCUGUCGCCGCUACCAUGAACGGCGGGUCCCCCGGCGUCAUGCCGUGUCUGGGCAUCAUCGGCGAGAGUGCGGAACGAGGAUGGGAACGAGGACGGCACAGAAUGAGGGCGAAGAUGCUAGCUUCGUGGUGCUCGCGGGGCUUUGCUGUGCUACGUGCUCCUCGGGACCGGAGGCAGGAAGCUCAGUCCACACGGGACGGAGAAGGAGUCGACGUUGCUCGGAAGGCGUUGCUCACGACGUACGACUUCCACCGCGCCCAGGACAACAUGAGCGUACACCCCCUCCUUCCUCUCCUCUCAUCGUUUCGUCCCCUCCCUCCGCCUCGCCCUCCUUUGGCGUCGAGUGCGAUGGAAAAGAUACGAGCAUCACCGGCGUGGCGCCGGGAGCCGCCGGGGGCUGCCGGUGAUGGUUUGGCACGCUACGGCCCCACACCUUCCGGGUGGAGCUUGAUUGAUCCGGAGAUAUCCGGCCUCGCCGGAGACGCCGUGAUCAGCAGCCCUGCACCACAGGUGCUUCGAGCAGCUGGCCGACCAGGAACCAGUCGGUAG